AUGGCAUUAUGGCGCUACUUCGGAAGGUGUCGUGGAAGGACUUUACAAACAUUUGUUUUAUCAGCUUCAUUUUUUGGAGUUUAUGUAUUUCUUUUUGCUCCAAAAUCACAAAAUGAAUGGGAAGUCGGAUUUGAUGACAAUAAUAUUGGAGCUGUGAUUGAAAGGGAAUCUGGACAAAUUGAGAUGGCGAAUGAUGUAGACCCAUUUAUCACGUACAAAGGCCUUGGUAAAGUAGACUGGCAUGAUUAUGAAGCGAUGAGUCGUGAUUCUUCAAGGCAAGGAUUUGGUGAAAAUGGCAAACCAGUUGUUUUAACACUGGACGAAGUUUGUGCUCCUUUUGAGGAAAGUCUCUACCGUUCCAAUGGCUACAACGCAUACGUCAGUGAUAUGAUUGCUCUCAAUCGUUCAGUGAAGGAUAUAAGACAUCCUGGAUGCAGCAAUAUCAAAUACAUUGAAAAAUUACCCAGUGUAGCAGUAAUAUUUCCUUUCUAUGAUGAGCACAAUUCCACAUUGCUAAGAAGUGUUUAUUCCGUCAUAAAUCGGUCUCCAAACAAUGUAUUGAAAGAGAUCAUUCUUGUUGAUGAUGGGAGUACAAAGCCUUUCUUGAAAGCACCAUUGGAGGAAUUUCUGGAAAGGGCUGGUCUUCAUCACAUUGUUAAAGUCAUUCGAACGCCAAAAAGAGAAGGAUUGAUUAGAGCACGUCAAAUGGGUGCGAAGCAUUCAAAAUCGGAUAUUAUGGUGUUUUUGGAUGCACAUUCAGAAGUUAAUUAUAACUGGCUGCCACCUCUAGUUGAACCAAUCACAUUAAAUUAUAAAACAGUUGUUUGUCCCUUUGUCGACGUUAUUGAUUGCAAUACUUAUGAAUAUCGUGCACAGGAUGAAGGUGCCAGAGGUUCUUUCGAUUGGGAAUUCAAUUACAAACGCUUGCCGCUAACAGAGGAUGAUAAGAAAAAUCCAACACGUCCGUUUCGUAGCCCAGUUAUGGCUGGUGGAUAUUUUGCCAUUAGUAGCAAGUGGUUUUGGGAGUUAGGAGGUUACGAUGAAGGUCUUUAUAUAUGGGGUGGUGAGCAGUAUGAACUAUCAUUCAAAGUGUGGCAGUGUCAUGGUGAAAUGAUUGAUGCUCCUUGUUCGAGAGUUGGGCACAUUUAUCGUUGCAAAUAUGUUCCUUUUCCGAAUCCAAAUGUUGGAGAUUUUAUUUCCAGGAAUUAUAGAAGAGUUGCAGAAGUAUGGAUGGACGAAUAUGCAGAAUUUUUGUACAAACGCAAGCCAGCGUUGCGCAAUGUUAAUGUUGGUGAUUUAAGUAAACAGAAAGCAGUUAGAAUAAAGCUUAACUGCCGGUCAUUUGAUUGGUUUAUGAAGGAAAUUGCUUUUGAUCAAGACAAAUUUUACCCGGCAGUGGAGCCUAAUGAUAGUGCCUCAGGUGAACUUCGUAAUGUUGCUACAAAUACAUGUCUCGAUACACAGUACAAAGGUGCCAAUUCAAAAUUUGGUUUACGUAAAUGCAUGAGUGAUGAUCCCUCUAGUUAUGGAGAGCAAAAUUUCCGACUCACAUUUUGGCAUGACGUGCGACCACGUUCACGAUCUGUAUGUUUUGAUGUGUCUGUCUCAACAAAUCGAGCACCCAUCGUUUUAUUCUCUUGUCAUGGUAUGCAAGGAAACCAGCAUUUUAAAUAUCUACCAGAAAAGCAACAAAUGUAUCAUCCUAUCAGUGGUUUAUGUAUGGAUUGCGAUACAGAACGUGGAGAAAUUUUCAUGAAUCCUUGUGAUUCGGAAUUAAGUAGCCAAAAAUGGACAUGGAGUAAAAUUGAUUUGGAGUUAAUCAAGAAACGUAACAAAUCGUAG